AUGGAGGAGAUGGAAGAAGAGCUGAAAUGCCCGGUUUGCGGGGCUUUUUACCGAGAGCCCAUCAUUUUGCCCUGUUCCCACAACCUGUGCAUGGCUUGCGCUCGCAAUAUUCUGGUGCAGACGCCUGAAGCCGAGUCUCCUCCGAGCCGCGCUUCAGGCUCCGACUAUGACUACUUGGACCUGGACAAGAUGAGCCUGUACAGCGAAGCCGACAGCGGCUACGGCUCCUACGCCGGUUUUGCGAGCGCCCCGACCACCCCGUGUCAGCGGUCCCCCAAUGGGGUGAGGGUCUUCCCGCCCUCGCCGGCGGUGCCUCCCCGCAACUCGUGCAUUACCUGCCCCCAGUGCCACCGCAGCCUGAUCUUGGACGAGCGGGGGCUCCGCGGCUUCCCCAAGAACCGAGUGCUGGAAGGGAUCAUCGACCGCUACCAGCAGGGCCGAGCCGUGGCCCUCAAGUGCCAGCUCUGCGAGAAGUCGCCCAAAGAAGCCACUGUCAUGUGCGAGCAGUGCGACGUCUUUUACUGCGAGGCUUGCCGCCUGAGGUGCCACCCGCCCCGGGGCCCGCUCGUCAAGCAUCGCCUUGUUCCCCCUGCCCAAGGCAGGAUCUGCAGGAGGCUGAGCCCGCGCAAAAUCUCCACCUGCACCGACCACGAGCUCGAGAACCACAGCAUGUACUGUGUCAACUGCAAGACUCCAGUCUGUUACCAAUGCCUGGAGGAAGGGAAACACUCCAGUCAUGAAGUGAAGGCACUCGGGGCCAUGUGGAAACUUCAUAAGAAUCAGCUCUCUCAAGCAUUGAAUGGAUUGUCAGAGAAGGCAAAAGACGCCAAAGAGUUUUUGGCACUGCUGAGGAAUAUGGUGCAGCAAGUCCAGGAAAACAGUGUUGAGUUUGAAGCUUGUCUUGUUGCCCAAUGUGAUGCUCUCAUUGAAGCUUUGAACAGAAGGAAGGGACAGUUGCUCUCCCGGGUGACCAAAGAACAUGAACACAAACUUAAGGUGGUCAGAGAUCAAAUCAGCCAUUGCACAGUCAAACUGCGCCAAACAACUGGCCUGAUGGAAUACUGCUUGGAGGUAAUUAAGGAGAAUGACCCCAGUGGCUUUUUACAGAUAUCAGAUGCUUUAAUAAGGCGCGUACACUUUAUUGAUGAACAGUGGGGAAAAGGCAUACUGCAACCUCGCAUGAAUACUGACUUUGAUUUAACACUGGACAAUGCAUCACUGCUACAAACUAUCCUUCAGUUGGACUUCGUACAGAUGAAAGUGCCAUCAGCCCCAAUCCUGCAGCUGGAAGAAUGUUGUACUCGCAACAACAGUGCUACGUUGUCCUGGAAACAGCCACCACUCUCGUUAGUUCAAGUAGAAGGCUACAUUCUAGAACUAGAUGAUGGAAAUGGCGGCCAAUUUAGAGAGGUGUAUGUAGGAAAAGAAACCAUGUGCACUGUUGAUGGGCUACAUUUCAACAGCACUUAUAGUUCCCGAGUGAAAGCUUUCAACAAGUCGGGAGUGGGUCCUUACAGCAAGACGCUUGUCCUACAGACUUCAGAGGAUAUCACCUGUCCAUACAAUCAGUUUGCCUGGUUUGGUUUUGAUUCAGGUUCAGCUCACCCUGACAUUUUGUUCUCUAAUGACAACCUCACUGUUACCUGCAACAGCUAUGAUGACAGGGUAGUGCUAGGAAACACCGGAUUUUCCAGAGGUAUCCAUUAUUGGGAGCUGAAUAUUGACCGCUACGACAACCAUCCCGAUCCUGCAUUUGGUGUGGCCCGUAUUGACGUCUUGAAAGAUGUCAUGUUAGGAAAAGAUGAUAAGGCCUGGGCAAUGUAUGUUGAUAAUAACCGAAGCUGGUUUAUGCAUAACAACUCUCACACUAACAGAACUGAGGGAGGCAUUACCAAAGGAGUCACAGUUGGUGUGCUUUUGGAUUUCAACAGGCGAACACUUACCUUCUCCAUUAAUGAUGAGCAACAGGGACCUGUUGCUUUUGAGGAUAUGGAAGGCCUCCUGUUCCCAGCAGUAAGCCUGAAUAGAAAUGUACAGGUGACACUCCACACUGGUUUGGAAAUUCCUCAAGCUCCUGCUGCUGCUGCUGUUGCUGCAAGAGACCCAACAGCAUCUUAA